AGCAGCAUGACGGCCAUCGCCGCGCAGGCUCACAGGGCAUUGGGCCUCAAGAGGCCCCACCGGUCCUUCUUUGAAUCCUUUAUCCGGACCCUCAUCAUUGCAUGUACCGCCUUGGCUGUUGUCCUUUCUUCCAUCUCCAUCUGCGAUGGCUACUGGCUGCUGGAUGACAACCGCCUCUUUGGGCUGUGGCACUUCUGCACCAUUACCAACCAAAGUGGACCACAAUGCCUCAGAGACUUGAGCCAGGCCCAUGUGCCAGGACUGGCCAUAGGCCUAGGCCUCGCCCGCAGUGUGGCCUCCAUGGCUGUGGUAGCUGCCAUCUUUGGCUUGGAGCUCCUCAUGGUGUCUCAGGUGUGUGAGGAUAUCUACUCGCGCCGCAAGUGGACCAUCGGUUCCUUUCUUCUCCUGGUCGCCUUCAUCCUCUCCUCUGGGGGGCUCCUGAGUUUCGUGAUUCUCCUCCGGAAUCAGGUCACGCUCGUUGGCUUCACCCUGAUGUUCUGGUGUGAGUUCACGGCCUCCUUCCUCUUCUUCCUCAAUGCUAUCAGUGGCCUUCAUAUCAACAGCCUCAGCCAGCCCUGGGACCAGCCAAGGAAAUUCUAGCCCCCACCCCCAGCACCCCACUCAGGGACCUUGGCUUCUACAAGAAAGUGUAAUCAAGAUGGUACCUCUCCAACUUGUGACCUCCAUCUGGGAUUGAGUGAAACUGUGACUUUGAAGCUUUCCUCUUAGCCACUAAGCUCUGGGUGGUCGACUUGAAACGGUCCAGGGGCUUCUGUGGAGCUAGGAGUGUUCCUGUAGCCACAAUCUACAGAGGUUUAGUCGAAUUACUAGGGUGUUGUUUCUAAAAGAAGAACACAUUUUAAAACUCCUUUCUUGAGUUUUCUUCCUUGGAGUAGAAUCGAUUUGAAAGCAGACCUGUUUACAGGUAACCAGGCUAGCCACACUCCAGUACAGUUCACACCUGUUUCAUUGACUCUGUAGUGGGCUAUGGGCUCCUGAGGGUGCCAAGAAUGGAUCACCCUCCUCCAGACCAGGGACCAAUCAGUGCCUCAGAUUUCCACACUUGAAGGAAUGCCUGCUGGCACAUUUUCCUGACUUAGCAAGAUUCUUUUAAAUAUCUUGCUCAUAGGUUUUCAAAUCAUUUGGCUUGAGUUCUCUCUUGCUCUUUAUGGGGAUCUCAUAAGCCCCAGAUAACCCCAGCUUCUACCAGCAGAUCCAGAUCCUUCCUUGAGCCCUUGUUCCAGUGGGUCCUGGCUCAUUUCUGAUACCAGGCCAGGGGGUAUACACAGGAGCACGUGCAUAUCUAUCUUUUGUAAGGGUUAGAUGGCCUCAGGGUACCAAUUCUGAUCCUAGAACACAUUACGAGGAGCACGUAUCUGGACCUGCUGAACUCCCUGGGGGUGAUGGGAACUGGCAGACCUUGGAUAAUGAUUAACAGCCAUCCUGGGGAUGAGGGUUGGUGAAGGGAGUUGGGCAGGUGGAGAUUUCCAUCCUCACUGCGGAUCUAUAGUCAUUCAUCAUACUGCCAUAUUUCCAGUCAUUUUUCUGCCCAGAAAUAGAUACAUUUUUUUAGUCUC